CAGAUGAAAAUAGGAAGAAACUUUUUUGAUAAGUCAAAAAAUAAGUAUAAGUCUAAAUAUUUGGUUAAAGACAGAGAGAGAGAGAAAGAAAGAUAUUCGUGUGUUUUUUAAAAGAAUUUUCAUCUCCUUUUCCUCCUCGGCGUGUGUCUGCAAGCAUAAUAUUAGGGGUUUUUUUUUUUGGAUCUUCAUUCUUUCAACAUCAGAUUUCGGCUUUUCUCAUUCUCAGGUUUGACAAAUUUCGUAUUGGAAAAUAUUUUGGUGGAUUUUGACGUGGUAUUGAAGUGAAUUCUUGGAUUUUGGCCAAAAGGGGUUUUGUUAAAAAUUUUGGAAUCUUGGUGGUUGCGAAUUGCGAUGACUACAAGAACAUCAUGGGCAGAUUUGGCUGCGAAUUCAGCAGCCGAGAAUGUAGGUGUUGUUUCUUCCUCUGCUAGCAACGGAGUUGUUGGUACCACCUCAUCUGCUGGCCGACCUGUUUAUGUACCUCCACAUCUUCGUAAUCGCCCACCUUCUGCAGACUCACCUGCUCCUACUUCAACUGGCGCUGCUUCAAGUAAUGACCGACCUGGAUAUGGUGGAUCUCGUGGGGCUGCUCCUAGGAAUGAGUAUAACAACCGAUCAGGGCAUGGUAGUGGUAGCAGUGGUGGUCGACUUGGUGGAUGGGGUGGCAGAAGUGGUGGUUGGGAUCGUGGCAGAGACAGGGAAGUCAAUCCAUUUGGAAAUGAUGAUGAUAAAGAGCAGGCAUUCAGUGAGCAAGAGAGUACUGGGAUUAACUUUGAGGCAUAUGAAGACAUUCCUGUGGAGACAAGUGGUGACAACGUGCCACCGCCUGUCAAUACUUUUGCAGAGAUUGACUUGGGUGAAGCACUGAAUCUAAAUAUCCGAAGGUGCAAAUAUGUGAAGCCGACACCUGUUCAGCGGCAUGCCAUUCCCAUUUCACUUGCAGGGCGGGAUUUGAUGGCAUGUGCACAGACUGGUUCUGGAAAGACAGCUGCCUUUUGUUUUCCUAUUAUCAGUGGAAUUAUGAGAGGCCAGAUUCCAAAAAGACCAUUACGUGGGGCACGUAUGGUAUACCCACUAGCUCUUAUACUCUCUCCUACGAGGGAGCUCUCAGUGCAAAUACACGAGGAAGCCAGGAAGUUCUCUUUUCAAACAGGUGUUAAGGUGGUUGUAGCUUAUGGAGGUUCUCCUAUUAAACAACAGCUGAAGGAGCUGGAGAGGGGAGUUGAUAUUCUUGUAGCAACUCCUGGAAGAUUGGUGGACUUGCUAGAGAGGGCUAGAGUUUCCCUACAGAUGAUCAGGUACUUAGCCCUAGAUGAGGCAGAUAGAAUGCUGGACAUGGGUUUUGAGCCUCAAAUAAGAAAAAUUGUGGAACAAAUGGACAUGCCUCCACCUGGUGUUAGACAAACAAUGCUAUUCAGUGCCACCUUUCCAAAAGAGAUACAGAGACUGGCCUCUGAUUUUCUUGCAAAUUAUAUUUUCUUGGCUGUGGGGCGAGUUGGAUCAAGUACUGAUUUGAUUGUCCAGAGAGUAGAACUUGUUCAUGAGUCAGACAAAAGAAGUCACCUUAUGGACCUUCUUCAUGCUCAGAGAGCAAAUGGUGUCCAGGGCAAGCAGGCUCUUACUUUAGUUUUUGUUGAGACAAAAAAGGGAGCUGAUUUGCUGGAACAGUGGCUGUGCAUGAAUGGUUUUCCUGCAACUACCAUUCAUGGUGAUAGAACCCAGCAGGAAAGAGAACAAGCAUUACGGUCAUUUAAAAGUGGCGCUACCCCAAUCUUGGUAGCAACUGAUGUGGCUGCCCGUGGUCUUGAUAUUCCUCAUGUUGCACAUGUUGUGAACUUUGACCUUCCUAAUGAUAUUGAUGACUAUGUUCAUCGAAUUGGACGGACAGGGCGUGCUGGCAAAACUGGUUUAGCCACAGCCUUCUUCAAUGAUAACAAUGCUUCUUUGGCAAGGUCAUUAGCGGAUAUAAUGCAAGAAGCGAAUCAAGAGGUGCCCGCUUGGCUCACUGGAUAUGCAGCUCGUUCAUUUGGAGGGAGGAAUCGUCGUCCUGGGGGAGGCCGAUUUGGUGGGCGUGACUUUCGAAGGGAGUCAUCUUUCAACAGGGUUGGUUCAGAUUACUAUGGUGGGGGCAACAGUGCUGGUGGGUAUGGUGGAGGUUACGGUGCAGGUAUUACCAGUGCAUGGGAUUGAAAACUCUAAAUUUUUUAGUACUUUUUGGGUGUCUAAUAGUAGCAGAGCUUCGCUUCCUUUGAUGGGAACUACUUUUAUUGGUCUAACGUUAUCUUUUGCUAGUAGUCUUGGGGAUUGUCAUUUUAUACUUUAGGAGGGUUAUAACAGCAUUACAAGGGAGGGGGAUGUAAGUUUGGUGUUGAUUUCGAAGGAGCAGAAGUUGGGUGUAUUGUUUUAGUAGGAAAUGGUGAAGAAAUUAACAAAAAAUAGGGGGUUACUUCAUACUCCUUUGCUGUCAUAUUUUGAUGGGUUAGUGGUAAUUUUGUUAGGUAAUGGGGGAGAGAGAGAGGGAGGGUUUCGUAUUGGGGACAUCAUCUGUGAUCUCAUAGGCAUAUACUUUCUGCCAUUUACGGAUCAAUAUUCCCCCUUUAAAGUGAGUUUGAAGACUUUUUGUACUAUUUUGUUGGUAACUGAAAUACGUAGGAAGCUUUGCAGCUGGUAAAUAUUAGUUGGUAAUUUGUUAUUGGUAACUGACACCUUUAUCGGUCAUUUCUCUUAUGCCUGCUGCCGGUUGAGAUCUUAUUUUAAUUAUUAUUAUUAUUAUUAUUAUCAUGAAUUGAAUGUGAAAAGUAAAAUCUGUUGCUGAAA